AUGUUAUCUUCGUUACGUCGUGAUCUUACACUUUCUCAAAAAUUGGAAAUAAUCAAUUUGUUUAUUCAAGGAGGUCAAACUCAAUCAGCUCUAUCUGCAAGAUUCAACUGUUCUCAGUCUCAAGUCUCACGGAUUUUGAAGAAUAGAGAAGAAAUUAUGCUAUUGCGUUGGAAAGAAAGAAACAACAUAUCAUUUAAACGCAUUUAUGGGGAGAAAAAAGAUUCCGAUAUAAAUGCUGCUGAAUACUGGUGCCAAUGGACAUUAAAAGAUCUUUUAAAAGACUAUACACGGGAAAACAUUUAUAAUUGUGAUGAAACAGGACUCAUAUUCCGAAGUUUACCCGACCGGACAUAA